AUGGAUACACUUCAAGCAACAUACAAAGACGAAGAAGAUGAAGAUGAAGACCUUCCACUCGCAACAACGGCCGCACCCACCGCUGACCAACCCGCUGCCUCUGUCGCCACCGAUAUGGAAUCAACAUACGCACCUCUUGUUACUUCAAGCACUCCUUCUGACACUCUUACCGAACCCCAGAACGAUGGCAAAUCGGAGCUCGAUCCCUCCGAUGAUCCCUCCUCCGACGAAGCUGCAUCAAACGGCUUGAAUUCCUCGAAACUGAGUAGAGGAGAUGCCGAUGAAGAUGAAGAAGAACCGCCUCCGAAGAAGCAGAAACAGCUGUCCUCUCUGAAUCUCGUCAAGGGUGAAUCGGUGUCAAUGCCGGAGGAAAUCAACGGGACAGGAAAUGUUGCUGCGUCAACUGCAACAACAUCGACGCCGGCAAAUGGAACUGUGAAGAAAUCAAAGAAAAAGAACAACAAUGUGUGGGCUACAAAAUCAACAAGGAAAGGGAAAAAGAAAAGCAAAAACAACAAUAACAACAACAACAACCAAACAAAUGGUGGAGAAGACAGCGUUCUGGUAACUCCGGUACCGAGGUUCCCUGAUAAAACGGACGAUACACCGGAUAUGAAGAUAUGUCUUUCAAAGAUAUACAAAGCGGAGAAAGUAGAGUUGAGUGAGGAUAGGUUGAGUGCCGGGAGCACGAAGGGUUAUAGAAUGGUUAAGGCAACGAGAGGGGUAGUUGAAGGAGCUUGGUACUUUGAGAUAAAGCUUGUGAGGUUAGGGGAGACUGGACACACACGUUUAGGUUGGGCUAUGGAGAAGGGUGAUUUGCAGGCACCUGUUGGGUAUGAUGGGAAUAGUUUUGGGUAUAGGGAUAUUGAUGGUAGUAAGAUUCAUAAGGCUUUGAGGGAAAAGUAUGGUGAUGAAGGUUAUGAAGAAGGUGAUGUUAUUGGGUUCUAUAUUAAUUUGCCUGAUGGCGAUAAGUAUGCGCCAAAAAACAAGCAGUUGGUUUGGUAUAAAGGACAAAGGUAUGCAUUUGCUCAAGAUGCUAAGGAAGAUCCACCCAAAGUUGUGCCUGGAAGUGAAAUGUCUUUCUUUAAAAAUGGUGUAUGCCAAGGCGUUGCUUUCAAGGACCUCUAUGGUGGUCGUUACUAUCCUGCUGCUUCAAUGUAUACUCUGCCAAAUGAACCAAACUGCACAGUAAAGUUCAACUUUGGUCCUGACUUUGAAUUUUUUCCUGAAAAUUUCAAUGAACGGCCAAUUCCCAAGCCAAUGAUUGAAGUUCCUCAUCAUGGUUUUGACAAUCACGUUGAAAAUGAGAAGAAAUCAAAUGGAGAAUUGGAUGAGAAGAAAUCCAAUGGAGAGUCUGAUGAGAAGAAAUCCAAUGGAGAGUCGGUUGAGAAGAAAUCCAAUGGAGAGUCGGUUGAGAAGAAAUCCAAUGGAGAGUCGGUUGAGAAGAAAUCCAAUGGAGAGUUGGUUGAGAAGAAAUCCAAUGGAGAGUCGGUUGAGAAGAAAUCAAAUGAAGAGUCGGUUGAGAAGAAAUCGAAUGAAGAGUCGGUUGAGAAGAAAUCGAAUGAAGAGUCGGUUGAGAAGAAAUCGAAUGAAGAGUAG